AGCCCUGGCGCUGCGUGCGUGUGUGCGUGAGUGCUUGUAUGCGUGUGUGUGGCAGGUCAUUACCGAGCCAGUCCUCUCUCCAGUGGAGCGCAGGCAGCAGGUCUAGCCCCGGUGUCAGUGAGUGGACAUGAGCGGGAGCUUGUAGACACCACCAGCAUCUUCAGCGCGGGACGAACCGGCCCCCGGGGCGAGCUAGCUGCUAACCUCCACCCCCCUAACUUCACCAGUUUGACGCUGCGGUUUUAGGGAAGGAGCCGUGUGGGGAAGCGGGCUACCUCCGGUCACUGGGCUUUCUGCUGCACUGGAGAGCGCUACACGUCGGCUUGUUUUCUGAAGCCACAUCCUGCCGAGAUGGACAAUCUGAGCGAGGCCCUGGAGAAGCUGAAACUGGCCUCUUCGGACAGCUCUACAGACAGCGUGGAGAGCUGCGUGGACUGUUUGCUCAAAGCACUGGCCAAUAACAACACUGAAGCCAGUAUGAAGAUCCAGGAAAUGGGAGUGCUGCCCCUGCUCCCCUCCCUGCUCACCCCCCAGUCUUCCUGCACCCCCAAAGUAGCCAACAUCAUCGCAGAGGUGGCCAAAAAUGAGUUCAUGCGGACUCCUUGUGUUGAAGCGGGCCUCAUCCCUCCUCUCAUUCAGCUGCUGACUUCUACAGACCAGGAGGUUCUACUGCAGACUGGCCGUGCGCUCGGCAACAUCUGCUACGACAGCCAUGAGGGCAGGAGUGCAGUUGACCAGGCAGGAGGCGCUCUCUUAGUAGUUGACCACAUUAAGUCCCUCUCCCCAAACACUGAGCCGGACAGUGAGAAGCUCUUGACUGUCUUUGUUGGCAUGCUGAUGAACUAUAGCAAUGAGAAUGAUUCUCUACAAGCCCAGCUGAUCAAUAUGGGCGUCAUCCCAACCCUGGUCAAGCUGCUGGGUGUCCAUUCCCACAACACAGCCCUGACGGAGAUGUGUCUUAUUGCAUUUGGCAACUUGGCCGAGCUGGAGUCCAGUAAAGAGCAGUUUGCCUCCACCAACAUCGCCGAGGAGCUGGUGAGACUCUUCCAGAAGCAGACGGAGCACGAGAAGAAGGAGAUGGUCUUUGAAGUGCUGGCUCCACUGGCAGAAAAUGAUGUCAUCAAGUUGCAGCUGGUGGAGGCGGGGCUGGUGGAGUGCCUGCUGCAGGUGGUGGCUCAGACAGUGGACGGAGAGCGAGAGGAGGACAUCGCUCAACUCAAGACUGCCUCAGACCUCAUGGUGCUGCUGCUGCUCGGAGAUGAGUCGAUGCAGAAGCUGUUUGAAGGAGGAAAGGGCAGUGUUUUCCAGAGAGUUCUGUCCUGGAUCCCCUCACACAACCACCAGCUACAGCUUGCUGGGGCACUAGCCAUAGCCAACUUUGCUCGAAAUGAUGGGAAUUGUAUUCACAUGGUGGACACGGGGAUAGUGCAGAAGCUUCUGGAGCUAUUGGACAGACAUGUUGAAGAAGGAAAUGUGACGGUACAACAUGCCGCCCUAAGCGCCCUGAGAAACCUGGCCAUACCUGUGGUGAAUAAAUCCAAGAUGCUGUCUGCUGGUGUGGCAGAUGUGGUGUUGAAGUUCUUGCCUUCUGAGAUGCCUCCGGUCCAGUUCAAACUGCUGGGAACAUUACGAAUGCUCAUCGAUACACAAGCUGAGGCGGCGGAGCAGCUGGGGACCAAUGUGAAACUAGUGGAGCGUCUGGUGGAGUGGUGUGAAGCCAAAGACCACGCUGGAGUGAUGGGAGAGUCCAACAGGCUGCUGUCUGCUCUCAUCCGACACAGCAAGUCCAAGGAAGUGGUUCGAACAGUCAUCCAGUGUGGUGGAGUCAAACAUUUAGUUACUAUGGCUACGAGUGAGCAUAUGAUCAUGCAGAAUGAAGCACUGGUGGCAUUGGGUCUCAUAGCAGCACUGGAUCUGGUGGCUGCAGAGAAGGACUUUGUGGGCUCCAGUUUGGUGUCUGUGCUUCACAAACUGCUGUCAGACGAGAGGAGUGCUCCAGAGAUCAAGUACAAUUCUAUGAUCCUGAUCUGUGCUGUUAUGGGCUCUGAGCCCCUUCACAAAGAAGUUCAGAGCCUGGCGUUUAUCGAUGUCGUGUCCAAACUGCGGGCCCAUGAAAACAAGACAGUGUCUCACCAGGCCUCGCUCACGGAGCAGCGGCUAACGGCCCAGAGCUAAAGGACUGUGCCCCCCCCCACACACACACACACACACACAUAGACACACAUACACAUACACAUACAAACACACAUGCACAACCACACAUAGUACACAUUUACACACAUGUACAUGACACGCCUGCCUGACCACCCCCAUCACCCCCCGUCACGUGCCAAGGUACCAUGUCGUUUACUGCCAGCUCCUUGUCCAAUCACAACACUGCAUCCUCUCCCCUGCUUAGCACCACACACAGGUUCCUCUGCAGCUGUACUCUUGUGCAUAUGUCUGGAUUUUUCAAACAGGCCAGUUUGACAAAGGUAGUAGAGUAUUGUUGAAAUGAGCCGCUUAAGUUACUACUAAACAACUAGAGACACAAAUGUCUUCAGAUUGUUUUAAGACAGAUUUUGGAAAUAUUAGAACAACAAUUUGCACUUUGUUUAGGGUUCACUGCAGGCUUUGAACUGUUUGCUGUUGUGAUAGACAGUACUGUAUAUUCUCCAUUAAUCACAGUGUAUUUAGAACUGACAACUAUUUUAUAGUACUGGAAUAGUCUAGAUUAAAAGCUUGAUCUGAACAAUCUCUGAAAGCUGCUCAAAAUGUUCAAUAUCUCUGUGAAACUGGCUUCAGUUCCUUUAGUUUUGUGUCAUUAAAGCCAAACUUGAAGUGUUUUUAGACUUUGGGGUUUGAAGUUGUCCCCUGAAAGCCAUAUUAUUAGUGACUAAUUUCAAUGGAAUCAAACAUUCUGAAUGGUUCACACAGACUUUCCCAUUGUUACGUGAUGUGACUUUAUAACAUCAUUUUGUGCAUGCAUUGGCUCCAGUCAUCAGACAGCAUCGUAUUGCAAUAGAUCCUUAAGACCAUAGCUGUGAACUCAUCUACAGGUACCACGCCCAUCAAAUAGUGCACAAAAAAACAAAAAUAAUGCCAGACCAAACUUUUGGUUCCACUUUUUCUACAGCAGCCAUCCACGCCGUGCGAGUUGUGUCACAUGUAGCUACAAUAUUAAACUGCCUAGAGACUGCAUGUUUUAGUCCAGUGUUUUGCAGCUCACCAAUUCAAAAUACAGCUUUACUUUCGCUCUUGUACUCUCCUGUCAUUCUUAAAGAUUCAGGGGGUUUUAUUCCGAUUUUAAAUUACACACUUGGAGACGCUAUGAAUACAGAAAAUUAAAUGCCGUGUUGUCCCUGGCAGAUACAAGGCAGAUUUUAUUAAUCUAAAAUCAUCAACUUGAAGGAAAAUCUAUUUUUACUUGACUUUACAUAGACACUGUCUCGCCACACAGCUGCUCUUCCGCCUCAAUCGCUAGCCCCAAGUUCACACUCAAGCACAACCCAAAAUGCUGGUGUGUGUGCACUAUAGGAAAAUAAGAGGUUUAAGCUUACAGUCACUGGCCACCUUACUAGGUACACGUGCUUCUCUUGAUGAUCAAUACAGACACUGUAUAAAAUUUAAAUUGCUGAGAAUUAAAAUGGAGAAUACAUUUUAAACAUGUUUUUUUCUUGUCUGAAUAACUCAAAAUUAUUUAGGACUUUUAAAGACUGAAAAAAGUUGCUGAUACAAUGUAAAAAAAAAAGCUGGCAAUUUGCCUUAUUUUUGCCUCCCAGGAUUGACGAAUGUCAAUAUUUUCAGCCAAGCCAUAUUAACUUCAUUCAUCUCUUUUUAUUCUUUAAAUUUGUAAAAUUACCUUGUGAUAAUCCAUCUAACUUUCCUUAAAAAGCUGUUGAAUAGUUGUACCUAAUAAAGUGGCCGGUGAGUGCAUAGUCUUACUGUUUUUGAUUAUUUUUCUGGGGUUAUCAGGAAACGGGAGCUAACUGAAUGCCACUCUCAUGUUUGCGGGUUUGUCCGUCUCUUAGAUCAGAAUCACUGUAAACAAUGUGAACAUGCUGCGGUGUGUUCCAUGUCCACUGUAUUUGUUUUGUUUUUUAUGAUAUGAAUGGUUAUUUAUCAGAUCUGUGCUCUUACCAAGACACGCCAGUGGAGAUGUAUCCAUAGUAACUGCAUCAAGAACUAUAAACGUAAAUGUUUGUUGUAAAUGUCAUGAGUUGUACAUUUGAAAGAUUGUAACUCAACAGAUAAUUAAAAGAUAAUAGCUGGUCA